GCUCCACUCUUCGGCGUCCUUGCAAAGACAUGUCCUACACCAAAGACUUUUGGUUCUCAUGUGGUGCAAUAGUUAUUGAAGUAGAAUUAUCAGUUGAUGAUGACUGUAACAAGUGCAACCACAACGGAGGACAAUGUCUAGUUGACGACAACUAUAACUUCUAUUGCGAUACAGAGAAGGAGAACAGGCUGCUGAAGUUGGGGUUUGGACUUGGGCUUGGAGUUUUGUCGAUUGGACUGAUAGGCUGUUUGAUCAUAAUUUGGCGGCAACGUAAGCAGUAUAACAAACACAAACACGCAUCUUCAAAUGUCCAAUUGCAAUCAGCAAACAAUGGUGGAACUGUUCGUAAUACUGAUCUAGAAAGUGGCAUGUCUUACUUUGGGAUACCCAUCUUCUCUUACGAGGAGCUUGAAAAUGCAACAAAUAAUUUUGAUCAUUCAAGAGAACUUGGAAGUGGAGGCUUUGGCAAUGUUUAUUAUGGUAAUAAUGCUCUCACACACUAUAUACUUUCUUUUUCUUCAAUGAAACAUUUAGAUUAUUAAUUAACUAGUGUU